AUGGGACUUGACGACUUUGAAUUCUACCUUGACGAUUUACCAUCUGCUGAUGGGCUGCCUCAGGAGAUGCACAACUGGGUCAACAAAUGGCGCAGAUUCAAAGGAGCGUUUCCUCACACGCCUGCAGAUUGCUUGUCAUAUGCUGACGAAACUAUGUACCCAAACAUCAACUGUGUGCUGCGCAUAUUUUGCACACUGCCAGUCACAACAGCAGAGUGUGAAAGAUCCGUGUCUGUCUUAAGGCGACUAAAGACAUACCUAAGGUCCUCAAUGGGCCAAGAAAGACUAAGCAGUUUGGCUCUACUACACAUCAAUCAGUCGAUGACAAUCGAUUUUGAUGCAGUUAUUAACAGUUUUUCCAGGAAACAUCCGCGAAGAAUGAUUUUGAAAGACAUUUUGUCAACUUGUAUAGAUACAUAA